UUCAGUAAUGUAUGGUAUUCAGCAACAUUUUCUCUUUCUAUAUUUAUCUCAUGAACCCAAUAUCUUCUCUUAACUUUUUUUUUUUGGCGCGGAAAUCUCAUCUACAUUUAAAUAUAACAAACGUAAUAAAUCAUAUUCAUUAAAAAGGAGAUGGACAAUAUGUCCAAAUUUAUAUUAGUUAAGUAGACAUAAGUGAUCAUGCCGCAUUUUUGCAUGAUUAAAUAUAAAAGGCCGCACUGAGUACACAAAACAAAUGUAUAACAAAACUUAAAAAAAAAAGUCUAAAUAAUGGCAUGGGCAUACGCCUAUGGAGUAAUUGUAUUCAUUUAUAUAAAAAAAACGUAAUAAAUCGUCCUCGAAUUCACUGUCAGACUCCGAAAACAUUGUGCACCUGAAGAUAUUACAACAGCGUCUGAUGUCAAUAUACGUCGUAUACGUCGGCCAAGUGUGCACACCACGUUGCAUUGAAUACGUUGCGUACGUGGGCUCAGUUUGUUCCUACCUUAAAUGUUAUUCUGAUUUAUAAAACGUGGAAAAUAAAAACUUUUUAAACAAACAAAAAGAUCGAGGUAAAAAAAACAAUAUCAAUACGUAAUGAAAGAAAAAAUACAAUUCUUUACAUACAUCUAAAAGUUGUUAUGUAGAUCUGAGUUACCCUUUCGAGUUUCAAGUUCAACUUUUUUUAUAAGCGAGGUACAAUAAAGUCUUUGGGUACAAUAUACAGAUGACUGUAGGCAGGCAUGAGGUAAGAUGACUCAAAUGAUGUAACUAGAUUACUCGAGAAAAAGAACUUUCAAAUUCUCACGCAUUAUGUCAUAAUGUCAGCAAAUGUCACACACAAUCACCGACAGUUGCAAACAGUACACAAAAUACCAAAACUAAAAUGGAUUCUAAAUAACUCUCAAUAAAAAUGUAACAACAUCACAACGAUCCAUCUACCAUACAUACCACCGUUACUAUAAUUCUCUGAAUAGCUAGCUAUCUGAAAUGGGUAAGCCAAAGUUCGACCCGCCAACGAAUACUUUCCCGUAUAAAAUACCAAAGCGGCUAAACAUCCUGAGUGUGCCAAGGAAUUAUAUAAUCGAUACGGACGAGGGUAUGCCCAUGUUGACCCCGCGCGGUAUCAGGAAAUCCGCCUUGAACUCGCAACUGUCGGAUAGAGUAAACGAUGCUGCUUGGCCCUAUAUACGCCGUUUCCUGAUCCUCAAAAGAAUGUACAAGAACCGAUUCAGCCAAGAGAGAAUAGAAAAGAUCGACAGAAUGAUAGAAGCUGCCAACGCCACAUGCUACAGCAAGCUGGCGAACUGCGUACUGGACCUUAAGAAACAGGACACAAAAGAGGUGAAGAAGAAGAGAGGCUGGUCGGAGAGCGAGUGGAAAAAACACAUGGACUACAUCAACCAGAUCGCCGGCCCAAGGAAGGACUUUAGACCACCACCUGUUAAGAGAGGAACUGCAAAACCUCUACCAGACUUAUUACCACGGAUCAACGAGAUAUGCUGGUUGCCGGAAUUCAAGGUCUACAAACGGCUAUCACAAGAAACGUGGUACAGAGAUCCUGUCAAGGUCCCGCCCGCUGCUCUGAAGUAUGUGAUAUCAGAUCGAGUGAAGAAGCUAGCUGCUCACAGAAUUAUACAAGAACCGAAUUACCGGAAUUACUAGUAGAUUACCCGGGUUACCAAUGCACCGGAUACAUCCCGAAUGCCUUCAGCACCCGUAUUGCCCCGUAUAAAGUGCACUGACGAAUUAGUAUCAACGUUUCCAAGCAUUCAACGUGACUAAGCACUAAAUUCAAUCCUCUUUUCAUUGAAUACUUACGCUAUUUUGGACAUUCACACACAAGGAUCCAUAACUGCGUAGCCAUAUCAAAACGUGAACUCAGUUUAUUUUACUAUUGGGAAACAAUAACCCAUUUAUGGAGCCCAAAAUAUUAACCAUGAAGGCAAACUAGGCCUUUUAUAACAUCCUAUGUUUUAUCUUAAAUAUUUUUUUUACGUCAACAUUGCAUUAAAGCAGAAGUGUAGUCCCACACAUUCGUUAUUGAAUUCGGAAAUAAGGUCGUUUCAUUGCAUUAAAACAGCAUGAACAUUUUAAAACUAUUUGGUUU